AUGGGUUCUACAGAAAUUCAAGAAUUUGAAGCCGUUUUUUCCCUCAUUGGAUCAUUCGAGCCCCAUUCAAUGCCCUCGAAUAAUGGUGAGACUGAUAGUCCGAUCUCUCUCCUCAAAGAUAGCGCAACUACUACAGAUUAUAUCCAAAACCAGACAUCAUCCGCUGAUGCCGUAGAGAUUGAUGCCAAUAUUCCUUGGAGCGAUAAGGAGAUCGCGCUGCAGUCGGUUAGAAUGAAUUGGAUGGACAGGCUGUUGAUAGUUGGACUGCUGAGACCAGAAUCGGUAGACUAUACAUACAAAACUUUUCCCCACUCGCUGAAGCUAAGAUAG